CAGCAGAGUGCAUCCUCAUCUGAGUCCUUCAGCUCCAGAGCACACGUUCCUGCUUCUUCCUCAGCUCACCCGAUACCAUGACCUCCUUCUCCAGUCGCAGCAGCUUCGCAGGUCACAGCGGCGGCAGAAUGUCUUCUGGUCCCAUGGGUUUCGGCUCGUCUUCAUUCUCCUCCCGCAGCGGGGCGGGCGGAAUGGACCUGAGAGCCCAGAGUGUAUAUGGAGGAGCUGGAGGCAGGAGCACCCGCAUCUCCUCCGCCGUCGGUGGGGGUUUCGGUGCCUCUGCUGGGGGCUAUGGUGGCGCUGCUGGGGGAAGCUUCGGGGCCCUCAACCUGGAGAGCAGCAGCUCCUCAGCCUUCAGCAACAACGGCAAGGAGACCAUGCAUAACCUCAAUGACCGCCUGGCUGUGUACCUGGAUAAGGUGCGCACCCUGCAGAGCGCCAACGCCAAGCUGGAACAGCAGAUCCACGGGUGGUGCGAUAGCCGCACCGUCAUCUCCCACGACACGAGCGCCUACCACGCCACCAUCGAGGACCUCCGCACCCAGAUCUUGGCUGCCUCUGCUGUCAAUUCCUCGAUUGUUCUUCAGAUUGACAAUGCCAAGCUGGCUGCAGAGGACUUCAGAGUCAAGUAUGAGAACGAGCUGACAAUGAGGCAGUCUGUGGAGUAUGACAUCGCCGGGCUGAAGAAGCUUUUGAGUGAGCUGACUCUGACCAGGUCUGACCUGGAGAUGCAGAUCGAGAGUGUGAAGGAGGAGCUGCUCUACCUCAAGAAGAACCACGAGGAGGAAAUGAUGUCCUUCCGCUCUCAGCUGAGUGGGCAGGUUCAAGUGGAGGUCGAUUCCGCCCCAGGAGUGGAUCUGUCCAAAAUCAUCGCAGACAUCAGAGAGCAGUACGAGGCCAUCACCAACAAGAGCCGCAAGGAGGCUGAGGCCUGGUACCAGAACAAGGCUGAAGUUGUUCAGAAACAGGUGACUGAGAACACGGAAACUCUGCAGACCAGCAAGAACGAGAUGAAAGAGCAAAGACACAUCCUGCAGAACCUGGAGUUGGAGCUGCAGGCCCUCCAAACCACGAAAAUGUCCCUGGAAGGCAGCCUCCAGGAGACUGAAGCUCGCUAUGCCGAGCAGCUCAUCCACCUGCAGGCCGUGGUGACCAGGCUGGAGAGCCAGCUGGCACAGAUGAGGGCCGACAUGGAGAGCAACGCAGAGCAGUACCGCCUCCUCCUGGAUAUCAAGACCCGUCUGGAGCUGGAGAUUGCCGAGUACAGGAGGCUGCUGGACGGAGAGGAGGGCGGGCAAAGCACCAAGACAUCAACCGGGGGAGGCUCCACCAGGAAGGUGGUGACGGUCGUGCAGGAGCUGGUUGAUGGGAAAGUUGUGAGUUCCUCCUCCUCAUCCAGCCAGCAGGUGAAGAAAUUCUAAACAAAAGAAGAUUUGAAACCAGAUAGACAGGAAGCAGCUCCAGUCUCCGGUACACAGAUACAGGGGUGUUUCGGGGUUCAUCAAUAAAGUAUAUGUGGGUGUUGCAAA